CACUUUCCCCGGAAAGGAGGAGCAGCUUUUAUUGUCGAUGGAGAGCUGCUGUAAUGGCGGUGCCUCGUCGCUCUUCGCAGCAGCAACAACAGCAAAACACUUUACAGUCUCCGCCGAGAAACAGCUCUAUUUCGGGCGCUCCUCCGGCCUCUCCGCCGAUGGCUCUGCUGACCUCGGCUGUCGGAGCCCCGGAGAAUGAGAGAGAAUGCAGCGGAGGGGUCGAUAUGGCCCUGGCCUCCCCGGACCUCCCAGCCCCGGUCCUAGCGAGCAGCGCGAGCUUCAGCACGACAACCUCUGGCGGCGGCAGCAGCGUCUCCAGCCCCGGAUCAGGAGCCACCAGCCCGACUGAUGGGAGCAGCAGCAUCGGCGGGGCCUUUAGGGAGUUGUUCGAGGCCUGUCGUAACGGGGAUGUAUCCCGAGUGAAGAGACUUGUCGACUCGGUGAAUGUAAACGCGAAGGACAUGGCUGGUCGAAAAUCAACUCCCCUUCAUUUCGCUGCGGGUUUUGGCAGAAAAGAUGUGGUGGAGCACCUUUUGCAGACAGGUGCCAAUGUUCACGCCAGAGAUGAUGGAGGACUUAUCCCCCUGCACAAUGCCUGCUCCUUUGGCCAUGCAGAGGUCGUCAGCCUUCUCCUGUGUCAGGGCGCUGACCCCAACGCCAGAGAUAACUGGAACUACACCCCCUUACAUGAGGCAGCCAUCAAGGGGAAGAUAGAUGUCUGCAUUGUUUUACUUCAACAUGGAGCUGAUCCAAACAUCCGCAACACUGACGGCAAAUCUGCUCUGGAUCUCGCUGACCCUUCAGCUAAGGCUGUUCUCACCGGUGAAUACAAGAAGGAUGAACUCCUGGAAGCAGCAAGGAGUGGGAACGAAGAGAAGCUGAUGGCUCUGCUGACUCCAUUAAAUGUUAACUGCCAUGCCAGUGAUGGACGCAAGUCAACAUCCCAAAAAAUGCUGUCCACGCCGCUCCACCUGGCUGCCGGCUACAACCGCGUCCGCAUCGUUCAGCUCCUCCUGCAGCACGGAGCUGAUGUUCACGCCAAGGACAAAGGUGGUCUGGUUCCUCUUCACAAUGCCUGCUCAUACGGUCACUUUGAGGUCACAGAGCUCCUGCUCAAACAUGGCGCCUGUGUCAAUGCCAUGGACUUGUGGCAGUUCACUCCCCUUCACGAGGCGGCGUCCAAGAACAGAGUUGAAGUUUGUUCCCUGCUUCUGAGCCACGGGGCCGACCCCACCCUUCUGAACUGUCACAGCAAGAGCGCAGUGGACAUGGCCCCGACUCCUGAGCUUAAAGAGAGACUCACCUAUGAGUUUAAAGGUCACUCACUACUGCAGGCGGCCCGAGAGGCAGACAUGGCCAAAGUAAAGAAGACGUUAGCUCUGGAGAUCAUCAGCUUCAAACAUCCUCAGACCAAUGAAACGGCUCUGCACUGUGCUGUGGCUUCCCCUCACCCAAAGAGGAAACAGGUGACUGAGUUGUUGCUGCGCAAAGGUGCCAACAUCAAUGAGAAGAACAAGGACUUUAUGACACCCUUGCAUGUCGCUGCUGAGAGAGCCCACAAUGACAUCCUGGAGGUACUGCAGAAACAUGGAGCAAAGGUAAACGCGGUGGACACACUCGGUCAGACGGCUCUCCACAGAGCAGCGCUGGCAGGUCACAUCCAGACUUGCAAACUCCUGCUGAGCUACGGGGCCGACCCCUCCAUCGUGUCUCUGCAGGGAUUCACCGCUGCUCAGAUGGGCAACGAGGCUGUGCAACAGAUUCUUAAUGAAAAUGUUCCCACACGUAAUUCUGAUGUGGAUUACAGAUUUCUGGAGGCGGCCAAAGCGGGGGAUUUGGACACAGUGCAACAACUCUGCACCCCCCAGAAUGUGAACUGUCGGGAUUUGGAGGGCCGUCACUCCACUCCUCUCCACUUUGCAGCUGGUUACAAUCGAGUGGCUGUGGUCGAAUACCUGCUACACCACGGAGCUGAUGUCCAUGCAAAGGACAAAGGAGGCCUGGUCCCCCUCCACAACGCAUGCUCCUACGGUCAUUAUGAGGUGGCAGAGCUGCUGGUCCGACACGGAGCUUCAGUCAACGUGGCAGAUCUGUGGAAAUUCACCCCACUUCAUGAAGCAGCAGCUAAAGGCAAAUAUGAGAUCUGCAAACUGCUGCUAAAGCAUGGAGCUGACCCCUCCAAGAAGAACAGAGAUGGAAACAUGCCUCUGGACAUGGUAAAGGAUGGAGACACAGACAUCCAGGACCUGCUGAGGGGCGACGCCGCCCUGCUGGACGCUGCCAAAAAGGGCUGCUUGGCCCGAGUGCAGAAACUCUGCUCCCCAGAGAACAUCAACUGCAGAGACACACAGGGACGCAACUCAACACCACUACAUCUCGCAGCUGGUUACAACAACCUGGAGGUGGCAGAGUAUCUGCUGGAGCACGGGGCUGAUGUCAACGCGCAGGACAAAGGCGGCCUUAUCCCUCUUCAUAAUGCUGCUUCUUAUGGGCAUGUGGACAUCGCCGCCCUGCUGAUCAAGUACAACACAUGCGUGAACGCUACAGACAAAUGGGCAUUCACCCCCCUCCACGAGGCGGCACAGAAAGGUCGCACUCAGCUAUGUGCACUGCUGCUGGCUCACGGAGCCGACCCCACCAUGAAGAACCAAGAGGGACAGACUGCUCUAGACCUCGCCACGGCUGACGAUAUCCGUGCCCUGCUUAUGGACGCCAUGCCACCAGACGCCCUCCCAAGCUGCUUUAAGCCACAGGCCACAGUGGUCAGUGCCUCCGUUAUUUCCCCUGCCUCCACGCCAUCCUGUCUGUCAGCCGCCAGCAGCAUAGACAACCUGGCAGGACCACUUACAGAAUUGGCCGCCGCAACUGCUAGUGGGACCUCCGGAGUGGCAGAUGGAGCCACAGGCACUGAGCGCAAGGAAGGAGAAAUGACGAUGCUGGACAUGAAUAUAAGUCAGUUCCUGAAGAGCCUGGGCCUGGAGCACCUGAGGGACAUCUUUGAGAGGGAGCAGAUCACUCUGGAUGUGCUGGCUGACAUGGGUCACGAGGAGCUGAAGGAGAUUGGAAUUAAUGCUUAUGGCCACCGACACAAACUGAUCAAGGGCGUGGAGAGGCUGCUGGGCGGCCAGCAAGGUGCCAACCCCUACCUGACAUUCCACUGUGCCAACCAGGGCACCAUCCUGAUCGACCUUGCCCCAGAUGACAAAGAGUAUCAGUCUGUAGAGGAGGAGAUGCAGAGCACCAUCAGAGAGCACAGAGACGGAGGCAAUGCGGGUGGUGUGUUCAGCAGAUACAACAUCAUCAAGAUUCAGAAGGUCGUAAAUAAGAAGCUGAGGGAACGUUAUACUCAUCGACAGAAGGAAAUCGCAGAUGAGAACCACAACCACCACAACGAGCGGAUGUUGUUUCAUGGCUCCCCGUUUAUCAACGCCAUCAUCCACAAAGGCUUCGAUGAGCGCCACGCCUACAUAGGAGGGAUGUUUGGAGCGGGGAUCUACUUUGCAGAGAACUCUUCAAAGAGCAAUCAGUACGUCUACGGUAUCGGUGGAGGCACAGGCUGCCCGACGCACAAAGACAGAUCCUGCUACCUGUGCCACAGGCAGAUGCUGUUCUGCAGAGUCACUCUGGGGAAGUCCUUCUUACAGUUCAGUGCCAUGAAGAUGGCCCACGCGCCCCCAGGACACCAUUCAGUGAUCGGGCGGCCCAGCGUUAACGGCCUGGCCUACGCUGAAUACGUCAUUUACAGAGGAGAACAGGCUUACCCAGAGUACCUCAUCACCUACCAGAUCCUUAAACCGGAGAGUGCAGCCCAGUCUGCAGCAGGAGCCGAGCAGAAGUCAUAGUUACCCUAAAGAAACGCGCUCACAAGGACUCAAUGCUCGUUUUUUUCUCCUUUGUAAUGCAAAUGCCUGAACACCUUUUAUUUACCGAACACAUUUCCAGUAGAGCCCAUGGUGACCAGUGCUGUAUAAUACUCUCCAUUAUGGUGAUGACACACUUUGUUUUGCAUUGGCUGCAUGUUAAUACAGAAGCAUGUGAGGCCCAAUAGCGUGCGUGGGUUAGUUCCUUCCCCCUCCUAGUCGAUCAGGAGGAUGCUCGUUGAGACUUUGAAGUAUCGGCAUCAACAGUUUGUAUCUCUUCAUUGCCUUGUGACUGUGCGGAAUCACCGACCCCUCACCUCUCCACAAACUGUCACACUGUCAGAGCCUGAAACCUGUGGACGACUACUGCCCCACCAUUUCUGGGUUCAUCCUGUACAGAAUGGCCUUUGGUUACUGUGAUUUUAAUGCUAAACUUAUGACACUACAGGUAACAGUUCACCAUUGCUAUGCUGUAAUGCUAACUGUCUUACCAAGGACACUACAAACAAUGAACUGAUUUUUUUUUUGUGGUUUUAUUCAGAACUGGGCAUGCUCCAUUUAGAAAGGUCUCUGUUACAUCACUAUUUUAUCAUUAUCAAGGUCUGGACUUGUAAGAAAGAAGAUGUGUGCUUAGUUACAAAGCUGAAUGCAGUGUAAGGCAUCAGAAUUACAAAACACACUAAAGGUUGUACAUUAAAGCGUUAUAUACAGUAUAUAUGACUGUGCUUUGAGACAGUAGAGUCAGUAAAUGUUCAUAAUGUUGAAAUGUGCUUGUGAUGCCUUACAAGGUAACUCCUGAUAGCCAGUGAACUCAUCAAAGCACCCUAUCUGUCGCCAUGGUCUUACUCACAGACAUCCCACGCUUAUGGAUUUGCACUUUUACAUAGAAAACUAUUUAAGUUAUUUUGAAUUUAAAUUGCAAGUUUGCGGGAAAAAAUAUUUGUACAGGUUGUGUAAAUGGUUGUGUAUAACUGUUGCUGUUUAACAGUAUCUUUAAGUUCAACUGUAAAUGACAUGAUCUUUUUCCUUUCAUGCCUUCUUGAUUCUCCCAACUUUUUUUCUAAUAAAUGUCCCAUUAACA